AAUUAAAAUUAAACAAAAGUAAUAGAUACAAAAUGAGUUCCUUUAUUCCGUUUCUUGAUGAAUCGGAGACUCCUUUCAGUCAAGAAGAUGUCAUUCGAGCAAGAACGAUGAUUAUGGAAAACUUAAAUAAUCUCAUAUCAGCAUCAGGAUCACCAGCUAUGAAAGUGGAACUGAUUACAAAGAUUCAAGAGCAAGUCUUGAAGUGGGCACCAGCCAUGAAAGUCCUUGAAGAGAUUAUCGACGAUCUUUUAGCAUUUGCUUUGGAUGUUCAUCAGGAUGUUAAGAAAUGCAUUGUGACUUUCAUCGAAGAAGUUUGCAAACAAAAAAUUAAGAUGCUGCCGAAAGUCAUCAAAAGCUUGCAACUUCUUCUCCGCGAGGAUUCAGCGAUGGUCAUUAAACGAGUCAUUCAAGCAUGUGGAGUAAUUUACAAGAACACUUUGCAGUUUCUAUGUACAUCUGAUGAUGUUUCUGAUGAAAUGCACGAAAGUUGGAUUCAAUUAUGUUUCAUUAAAGCACAAAUUCUUGAAUUGAUUGAUAAUGAGAAUGAUGGAAUCAGAACAAAUGCUAUAAAGUUCCUGGAAGGUGUCGUCAUACUUCAAAGUUUCAUUGAUUCUGACAGUUUGAAAAGAGACAACGAUUUCAGUUUAGAUAAUGUACCAACAACAUCCGAUAUCGUUGAUCGAAAGAAAUUAGAAGAUGAAGGGAAAAAUAUUUUCGAAAUUCUUCUUAAAUUUCAUGGAGCAUCUCACAUCUCAUCAGUUAAUUUGAUUGCUUGCACUGGAACACUCUGUUCCAUCGCUAAAUUAAGACCAUCAUUUAUGGCUCAAGUUGUAGAAGCUUUGAAAGUUCUGAAUUUAAUGUACCCUCCAACUCUAACAGCCUCUCAACUUUCUUCCGUAAAGAAAAACCUCAAAAUGCAAUUCAUCAAUUUAUUGAAACUUCCAGCAAGUUUUGAAUUUCGUUCAACAAUUGUUCCAAUAUUAGUCGACUUGGGUGCAUCACAAAGUGAGAUAAAUCGUGCACUUCCAAGAAUGGAUAAGAAAGAAAUUCAAUUUCGAACAAAAAGAGCUCAUGAGAAUGAAGCAGCACGUACGGCAGCAAAGAAAGCAAGGCUUGAGUUUGAUGAAAAGCGAAGAAUUCUUCAAAAACUCACAGCAACGAUGGAAGGUGACGAUGACGAAGUUCAAGAUCAGAAGAAUCGAGCAAACGCUGUUAAUGAGAGAUUUAUCGCUGAUGCUUUGAAGUCAGUUGAAUUGACAUCUUACUUGGUGAUAAGUUCAAUGUCAAAACUUCCAGACCGUUGUCCAGAUUACUUUCUCAAGAAUUAUCAUGGAAGUCCAACUGUUCAAAAAUGCAUUGAAAACAUUUCAAAAACAUUCGCUCAACAAUUAACUGGUGCAAAGUUGGGACCUGGAGCGAAAGAAUUAACAAUUGACAUCGCUAAAGGAUCAAAAAUUGAUGACACACCAAAUUUAAGUUCAGGAAGUGACAAGAAAGAUUUCGAAGAUUUCCCGCGGGACGAAACAGCUCGAAAGUUAAGAGAAACUCUUGAAAGAAUGAAAGGAGAACAACCAAAGAUGAAGCAACGAGUGAAAACUUUAAAACUACAAGAAAUAUCAAAACCAUUGCAUAAAGAUUUGAAGCAUCAAUUUCUUCUUGAUGCUGUUAAGAGAGUUUUAAAGUGCGAGCGUCAAGCUGUCAUCAGUGGAAUGGGACCAAAACGUAAGAAAAUUAUUUCGGUAUUUGCAUCAACAUUCAUGCCAACUGUACGUGCCUUGAUUAUGGAUUAUAUUAUGGAAGAUGUUGUCAAGCGACUGGAUUUAGCUUUUAUGUGGAUCUUUGAAGAAUACAGCUUGCUGCAAGGAUUCACUCGAUAUUCUUACGUUAAGACUGAACACAAACACGACUACGCUUACAAUUUGCUGCUCACCGAUCUCGUCACAAGAAUUUUGAAUCUCGGAGCUGAGUUUCGUGAACGUGAAAGUUCCAUUAAACGAAUUUACCUUGAAGCACCUUUGAUAACUGAUGAAAGUUUGAAAAGUCUCGUGGAAAUGGCUGAGAUUCAAGAGCUUGAAGAAUGUAGUCUGAUAUUGCUGAAGGAUCUUCUCAUUCGUCGUCCACCGAGAGAAGAAAUGCUUCUUAUGACUUUAAUGAAGUUUACAGUUCAUGGAAAGACGUCAGUUCGUGAGAAAGCGAUUGAGAAUAUUCUCAACGUUUACACACUUCAUCAGAUUCUAACGGAUGAAAUUGAGAAUUUUGCGAUUAAAUGGAUUACUUUCCUUGAGAAGCCAACACCAAGCAACGAGAUGAUGAAAAUGUUGUCGUUAAUAGAUCGAGAUGACUUCAAUGAUGCUACAACAUGGAGUGAGAAUAUAGUGAAGCUUUGCUUGAAUCUUCUCCUCAACCUUUUACCUCACAAUGAAAAGCUGAUUCAUAAUUUAUGCGAUGUUUAUGUUGGAACAACAUCAGAUGUUAAGAGAAUCAUUCUUCGAAGCAUUGAAAUGCCUUUGAAGAAACUUGGAAUGGAGUCGAAGGAACUUUUGAAAAUUAUUGAAACAUGCAAAAAAGGAACUGAAACAAUUGUUACGAGGAUUAUUUAUGUCUUGACAGAAAACAGCAUUCCAACACAAGAACUCGUCGAGAAAGUUAAAAUUCUUUAUCAAACAAAGCUGAAUGAUGUUCGAAUUCUCAUCCCAAUCGUUAAUUAUUUGUCGAAAAAAGAAAUAAUUUCAGCCCUACCGAAAUUUAUAAAAUUAAAUCCACAAUUGAUGAAAGAUGUCUUUAUGCGAUUGUUGGGACUCAAAACAGAUUCAACGAAGACAAAUGCUGCACUUUCAAUUACGCCAGCUGAAUUAUUAGUUGCAAUCCAUGCAAUUGACACAACACAAGUUGAACUGAAGUUGAUUGUUAAAGCCACAUCGUUAUGUUUAGCUGAAAAUGAAAUUUACACUCAUGAAGUGCUUGGAGUUGUCAUGCAGCAACUUGUUGAAAUGACGCCACUGCCUACAUUACUGAUGAGAACAGUCAUUCAAUCACUCACAACUUAUCCUAAACUGGCUGGUUUUAUCACAAAUCUUCUCCAAAAGCUUCUCCUGAAACAAGUUUGGAAACAUAAAUUAAUUUGGGAUGGUUUCAUCAAAUGUUGUCUUAAACUGCAACCCCAAAGCAUGGGAGUGUUGAUUCAACUUCCAGUUCCACAAUUACAAGAUGCGCUGAACAUUUGCCCUGAACUUCGCAGUCCCCUUUUGGAAUAUGCUCGUGAAAUGAACAAACAUCAGAUCAGUCAUGUGUCACAACAAGUUUUAGAUCUUUUACUUGGCAGUUCAAGUAGCAAUUUGGGAAUGUCGUCAUCAGAUAUAGAAAUGGGAAAUAUUGAUAAUAUUAAACAAGAACCAAUGGAUGAAGGAGAUUAUUUGAUAGGAAAACCUCCCGGCGUUGAUUAAAUUGUUGGUCAUAUUGUAAUUGAUUUUUAAGUGCUUCAUGAAAGAAAAAAUAAAUUUGUUUGAUUCAUUUUAAUUUUUUAUUUAAUUUCUCCACCAAUUUUUUCUCUUCAGGAAUUUAGAUUAGGGUUAAAUCAAAUUAAGUGUAAACGAAACAAACACCAGAUAGAUUUAACACUGUUAACAACAAUAAAU